CGCACUUCAGCCAAGUCGGCGCACUUGGACGAUUUACACAACAAAAAGCUGCACAACAGGCUUCGGGCGGCUGCUCCUGUGCCCCUCCUUGGCCACGCCGCCCUGCUGCUGUCGAAAGAAUGGCGUCAAGCUACGAGAUUAGUGUAGAGAGCGACGGCCAAAAAAAUGAGAGCUACAAACUGCGCGUCUCGCGCGACGGCCGGACCUGGAACGCCGUCAAGGACCAGGCCCAGCUCGACGCUUUUCAUGCCCGCGCCACGCGCCUCGGCGCGACGAACGGCGUGGCCUUUUCGACGAAGCCGGUCGAGCUCGAGGCCUACCUCAGCGACGUCGCGCGCCACGCGUCUUCAUCCGAGAAGGAGGAGCUCGUCUCAAGCUUCCUCGAGGCCGAGGACGACGAGCGGGGCGCCGAGCGGGCGUUCCUGGAGGAACUGGCCGCUGUUGUAAAAUGCCGCGUCUCGCGCAUCAGUUCGUCGAUCCCGGCACGCCAUCGACGCGACGCCAUCGCAGGUCCCCGACGCCGCCGCGCGCACCAAAUUAGCAGACCGCUUCGCUUCAUAUGUAGCGACGAGAGACGCCUCGACGGACGCUGACGUUGCUCUCCAACGCGCGCGCGACCAAGCUGCUCGAGAGGCGCGGGACGCCCUCUCGCGAAAAACGGCGGCGAUCCUCAAGGCCGUGAGAAGGACCUGUGACGAGCACCGGAGGGACCGCGACCGUAUUCUAGCUGAGAGCGCCGCGUCCGUGGCCGCCGCGACGCGGGAAGCGUUGAGCGAGGGCGAGAAGUUCGACGGUUUACGAGCUCUAGCCAUGGGCGCCAUCCAGUCGGCCCAGGGGCGCGCCGACGCGCAGUGCGCGCGCCUCACGAAGGAGAACGAGGCGUUGCGCGAGGAGCUUCGCGACGUCGUCAAGCGGGGCGUCUCCGACCUCUCAAAUUCGUCGACGAAGGACGAGCCCUUCGCCGCGCGCAAGCAGCAGAUCGUGACGUCGUCGUCUGGAUCUGGUUCGUCAGGAGACUCGUCUGGUGGGUCGCAACGCGGGUCCUCGAAUUCGGAAGAUGGAGAUGAACAUCAUAUUGGCCGGGCCGAGCCGACGGCCCACGCCAUUGUGGACUCCAUCGUGAAGGCUACCGUUGAGAGCCAUGGGAGAGAUAGUGUGUUAGCUAAGCGAUUGGUCGCGGCCGAGGAGCGGGAACGGAGCCUGCUGCACCACAUCCUCGAGUUAAGAGCAGCUCUCAUGGAGCAGGGCGGCGCGCCGCCGCCGUUACCUCCCACAUUACCGCCGCGCGCGCCGCGUCCGUCAACACGCGAGGUCGACGACGACGUCGAGGACGCGCGCGGCGACGCCUCGUCGUGACACGGUGCUGCUUCCCGCCCUUAUCUCCCCUAAUCCUAAUUGUCCGGGCCGCGUAAGCGAGCGCAUAUCUAUA